CGUUUUGGCUGGUGAAAUAUUCCACCUUAUCCGUUUUCUUGAGGCCGUUCCGUAGCCAAUUUUUCUUCAUUUCUAACCAUCUUCGCCGACAACGACCGGGCGGGCGUUACAUUAAGGAAGCCCUACCAGGACGUUUUCCGUUGAUCUACUGCCGUCCUGAUUGUCAAGUCUAAUCGCAGCCGCACCGAUGACGAGCACUUUCUCAUUUUUUAAGGCCGCCUCUAGGUGGUCGAAAAACCAUAAAUUUUUUUUGACCAGUUUUGGCGUGUUAGCUGGUGGUGGUAGUUCCCUAAUUUAUGCACUUGAACAGUCAAUUCAUGCUUCUAAUGAUGCAGCUCAUGUGGCUAAACAAAAAUGGAAUCAUAAUGGAUGGUUCGAUACAUUAGAUCACGCUAGUGUUCGCCGAGGCUGGGAAGUUUACAAAAAUGUUUGUGCAGCAUGUCAUAGCGUUGAAUACUUGGCAUACCGUGAGUUAGUUGGAGUAUGUUUGACCGAAGAAGAAGCCAAAGCUGAAGCUGCUGAACAACUGAUUGAAGACGGACCUGACGAAACCGGUGCCAUGUUCAAAAGACCCGGAAAGUUAUCUGAUUUGUUACCAAAACCUUAUCCAAAUGAAGAAGCUGCUCGUUACGCAAAUGGUGGUGCAUACCCACCAGAUUUGACUUACAUUACUCAAGCUAGAAUAGAUGGAGAGAAUUAUAUCUUUGCAUUGUUGACUGGUUACAUGGACCCACCAGCAGGAAUUACAUUAGCAGAGAAUCAACACUAUAAUCCUUAUUUCCCUGGUGGUGCUAUCGGAAUGGCUCAAGCUUUAUAUGACGAGAUUAUUGAAUAUGGUGAUGGUACUCCAGCUACACAGAGUCAGUGUGCGAAAGAUGUUAUCACAUUCUUAAAAUGGUGUGCUGAACCAGAACAUGAUACUAGAAAAUUAUUUGCCAUGAAAGCAUUCACGAUACUAGGAGUUCUUAAUUUAGUGGUCUGGUACCUACAUAGACAUUACUGGUCAGUAUUGAAGAGCCGAAAAAUUCUGCAAAACCCUAAAUCAUUGUUCAAAAAGUAAAUUGUUUUUAGUUCGUGGUAAAAAUCAAAACAAUAAAAAAUUU